AUGAGUUGUCGCUGCACUAUCAACACCUUGAAUCUCUUCAUUCGAAACGUAGCACAUGUCGACCUCCCUUCGAUCCCCAGGAGAUCGCCUCGCCUGUUCCAGCCAUGUGCUACUCGAAGCCUUACGCCUCGAGGACACUUUUCUCUCUCGAACAGAGCCUAUUCGUCUGAUGCAGCACCGAAAGUAGAGGACAGCGCUGAAGCCAAAUCGAUUGAAUCGAGAGAUUCCGACGCUGUUGCGGAGUUCUCGCUCGACGCGCUAGAUUCUAUCCUCGCCGAGACGAAACUAGGAGGCCACGAAGAUGGAGAAGGUCCAGCAGGAGAAGCGAAGAAAGACAUGCAUGUUACCCACGACUACGAAACUCCCCUCAAAGAACUGUUCAAAGACGAUUCGGGGACUUUGACUCGGAAGAACGAUACCAUAAGCUUGACUCCAGACCAGAAGCUCGAGCCUUCCAGAAAAGAAAGAUGGGUACUUGGGAGAAAUGGGAGUAAGGUGGAAGUCAGAAAAACAAAGACCGACAACGGAGAAUUCACGUUACAUUACAGCGCGAGGCCAUCAAAGAGGGUCACUGCUCCCACGGUAUCAUACGGCGUGAAAGUCAAAGAACCUGUUUUCGAAGACCGACGUGAGCGAUGGAUGAUAGAGAAGCAGGCAAUAAAAGAGAAAUACCCAGAAGGCUACAUGCCGAUGAAGAGACUCUCGCCGGAUGCCAUUGCAGGUAUUCGAGCCCUGAAUGCACAGCAGCCGGAUUACUACACCGUACAGAUGCUCUCGAAGGAAUUUGAAGUCACCCCCGAGGCGAUCAUUAGAAUCUUGAGGACAAAAUGGCGACCCAAUCCCGACGAGGAGACGGAUAGGCAGAGGAGAUGGCAUAACAGGGGGAAGGCUGUUUGGCAGAGAUUGGCAGAUAUGGGAGCCAAGCCACCGAGGCAGUGGAGAGAACUCGGAAUUGGGAAUGGGAAGCCUGAGUGGUUGUUGAGGAGGCAAGGGAAGCUGGAGAAGUACGUGCCGCCGCCUCUGCCUGCUCUUGUUACGACGGCAAGGAGGAGAGAGCAGAAGGAGCAGAAGAACAUGUAUGGGGACGAUGAGGAGACUGAGCCGAGUCUUGGUGACAAGAUAUUGUGA